AGCAAGGCAUACAUAUCAGGAGAAAGACCUGAAACAUUUGAAGGCAUUCAAACAAUGGAAAAGUUCCACAGUGUUCUAGAUUUCUGCCUCAGCCACCAGAAAGCACUAGGCUAUGGUGCAGUGUCCUUGCUGACUCUUGGCAGUGAGCGCAUCUUUUCCAUUGUGGUGUUCAAAUGCCCAUGCAACUCCUGGAAUUUGCUCUAUGGCACAGUUUUCCUCCUGGUGCCAGCACUGAUUCUAUUUCUGCUUGGAUGUCUGGUGAAUACCCGAUCCUGGAAGGUGCUCACUGGAUGUUGUGCACCUGGCAGGCUGUGUCGAUGCCCUCAUGCAAAUCGCCUUUGGCGCUACUUGCAAGUGCUGUGGCUGGUGAUGGUCACGGCCGCUGUGGCUCCCUUCACAUGGAUUGCUGUGGCCUUACUGGGAGGCAACUUCUAUGAAUGUGCAGCGACUGGGAGUGCCAUUGUGCAGAGCUAUAUGUGCAAAGACCAAGGGGAAGAGUGCUUCAAGAAGGUGCUUCAAGUGCCCUGCCAAAGCUCUUUGUCUUCUCAGGAGAUGCAAGAUAUGCUUACAAGCCUUCGAGCCCAGUCUCAGGUGAUGGGAUGGAUACUGAUCGCCAGCAUCUUCACAUUGGCCCUGGCAGCCACCUGUAUCUCCCACUGCCGCUCUCCAGUCAGUAUUCUUCAGCUUGCAUUCUGGAAAAUGUACCUGAAAAAGGAGCAGGAGCUUUUUGAAGCUAAGGCCAAGGAACAUGCAGCUCACCUGGCAGAGAGUAACAUCAAGUGCUUCUUUGAUUCUACCCAGCCAGAACCAUUUCACACUCCAAGUACCAAAGCCUGGAAUAGCAUUUCCUCCUUGUUUGCCUUUAAUCCUGAAAAGCAUUACUAUAGCAUGAUACACAAGUACAUUAGCUCCAAAACCAGCAGUGGCAGCAUUAGAUCAGUUGAUGGAGAUACCUUUCCCACUUGUCUGGGGUUUGUGGAUGGAGCUGGACAUUCUGAGUCCCAAGUGCUAUAAUCAGAACUUUAAAAGUCAAAGCGCUGGGACUAGCUUCACCAUCAACAUGGAUGAUGGUGUCUUCUCUCACUUCUCUCAGAUUUCCCUGUUCCAUCAUCAGCUGUGUACAUUUCCCCAACUACAAGUUUUUAGGAACUCUUCCUAUUGCUUUGUGUUAAAUAGGCUACUCCUGGUACAGAUCAACAUUGCAAAAAUGAGUGAAGUGGCAAAAGUUUUUUUCUGAUGUUAGGAAAAGAAGCAUCUAAAAAAAUCUUGAGUAGGUUUGCUUGUAAUACAUGUGCAUAUGCUCUCACACACAUAAACACACAAAACUGGCUGAAUUUGUUCAAACUUCUUGUAACAGGGAUUUUCAUGAUGUAGUUGGCCAACAAAAGUUAGGAUAUAAAAGAUAUAAAAUAAUUACACACACGUGCACAUAUACGCACACACAAUCAGUACACAAUCUAAAGUAAUACAACCAUACUCUAUAUAUAUUCAAAAACAACACAACCAUAGUAUAUAUUUAAACAAAUUACCUCACUAGAAGGUUGCCAUCCAGUCUCCUGUCAUGAUGAGCCUGCCCUUCCCAAUUUAUGGCUUGCACUGUUGAUUAUGGUAAGAUGACAUUUUUCAUGCUUCUAUUAUAAAAACUAGAUUGUGAUUGCAUUAUAGAAAAUCUGUCUUCUUGAUGAUGAUUAGUUUUGCCUUUUAAAAACUCAAGCAUUAAAGAUGUUCUAUUCUUAAUGUUUCAUUCAUAUGAUCAUUACGUAUAUGAGUAUUUCAGAAGGUAACUUUUUGAGGGAAAUCCCUGUUUUUGUAUCUAUUUGAACAGCUCUUUUAAAGGAAUGACAGACCUGUAGGCCGUGAUCCAGAGAACCCCAUAGGUGUAUGUACUGUAGGUGCAUCCAGGGUGGAAACUAUAUGGCUCUUCAGAUGUUGCUGAACAGCAACUUCCAGCAUUCUUUACCAUUGGCUGUGCUGGUCAAGCCUGCUGGAAGCUGCAGUUCAACAUCUGAAGGGCCUCGUGAUUCCAUUUUAGAUUUCAAAAGAGCCGCACAGUGGGCUCUAGCAUAUUCAAGCAUUGUUAAAACUUCAUAGAUCUCUAUUUCAGUAUUUUAGUGCUGAAUGAAGCUUACACAUUUAAACUGGAAAGUCUUUCAUGCAUGAGAAUGUGUCUGAAAGGCUUCCAAAUUAAUGCUUUCUGUUUUUAUUAUUAUUAUUAUUUUGAUGCUUACAUUAUAACAGCAACAACCAAAAACACAGUAUACAUCCAUUCCUAAUUAAACAAAAAAAAAGUAAAAAGAAAUUUUCAUACUUUCCUUGUAUCUUUCUUAUAUUUGAAUUCAUAUAUUACCAAACAUUUUAAUACUUUCCCUCUAACUUAAAAUUCUAAUCUGCCCUUUCCCACCCUAUCCCAACCAUUCCAUCCUAUCCAUCUGUUCUUUUAUAACAUUUCUUCUAUUGGCAUAUAAUUGAACAGGUUUUAUCUGAAUUCUUUUUCACGCUGUUCUCAGAAUAGAGUACAAAGUAUGUAUAACCAUCCGUGAUUUGCUAAGUGUAUAAAUAACUAUAUAUAACCAUUUCUCAUGUUAAUCUAUUUAGAAAUGCUUCAAAUAACACCUAUUAAUCCAUUCUGUCCCUUCCAUUCAUACCUGCAUACUUGGUAACAAAGAUAGAUGCAAGAUCUUAAUAUAAUCAGUUUAUCUCUGAUAAAUCUGAAUAUAAUUACCCCUUUAAAUUUGUCAUUUUAGUAUUGGUAUUCAUGUCUAAGUUAACUAAUAUAAGAUAACUAUAGCUGAUGGGUAUGAUUCGAUUUCCAUGCCAGAGAGAGGAUAAAUGUCUACUUUGUUAUACUGGAUUUGUAUAAGUCUUAAUGUGAUAAUAUUUCUAGGGGUAUUUAUGUCCAAUGUUCUUUACAGAAGUUUUUAAAAGAGUCCCAAUCCUUAUCCGAGUCGUCCAUCCAUUUUCCAUUCAGGUAGUUCAUUAAUCUAUCAAGCUGUAUCAUAUCUAAAAUUUUCCUUAACCAUUCAUCUACUGAUGGUGUUUCUUUCUCUUUCCAUUUUUUUGCAUAAACCAUCCUGGCGGUUGUUAUUAAAUAUAGGAUUAUUCUUAUAUGCUUCCUCUCUUCUUUUUCUUCAAUCAUAUUUAAUAAGAAACUUUCUGAUUUAAAAUUUAUGUUAAUGUGAAGUAUUUUUUGAAUCGAAUUUUUUUUAAUGAAUUUUUUUCCAAUAUGAAUUUGCUUUCACGCAGGUCCACCAAAUAUGAUAUAGCGUUCUUUGAUUUUUAAGACACUUCCGACAUUUUCCUUUUUCUGUCUUUUUCAUUUUAGCCAAUUUGUUGGGGGAGAGGUACCAGCGAUGAAUCAUUUUAUACAAAUUUUCUUUCAUGUCCAUUGAUAAAGUCAAUUUUAAAUCUUGGCCCCAAGCUCUUUCCCAAUUUUGUAAUUUGAUGGUAUGUCCGAUGUUUCUUGCCCAUUUGAUAGUACAUUCUUUAACUGACUCGUUUUCCAUUUCUCUUUUCAGUAGUAGAUGAUAGAGCUUGGAUAUGAUGGACUUUUUAGCUUUUAAAAUCAUUUCAUCUAAUUCAUUUUCAUUGUUUGUAAUACCUUCUAAUUUUAAAUCUAUUUAAAAUCUUUCUUUAAUUUAUCUGUAUGGGAACCAGGAACAUUUAUAUCCAUUUUCUUCUAACAUUUUGUUUGUCUUGAGGGUAGGCAUUUUAUUUUUCCAUUCGAUUAGAUCUGAAUAUCGUAAAGGGGUUCUUGUGUCGGAUGAAAUUUCAAUUUUUCAAGCCUCUUGUGGGGAAAUCCAACAUGGUAUUUGUCUGUAAAAUUUAGAUUUAAUUUUAUUCCAAACUGACAAAUUAAUGCUUUCUGAAUUUCAGUGCAGGUGUUCUGUAUAAUCCAUUCAAAUAAAUAAACAUGCCUUAAUUCAUCAGGUAAAGUCAACUAGAUGCAGAUAGGCAUAUGUCAAUCUGAACAUACUUUUGUUCCUGAAUUAUGGAAAAAAAACCCACUAAUGUUUUCUUAAAUGUCCCAAUACAACACUAUUGCACAGCCAAA